AUGCAACCACCGCAGCAGCAUUCAUGGAUCAAUCUUGCUGAAUUGAAAAGUCAGAUAAUCAGGAAGCUUGGGCCUGAGAGAUCUAAGCAGUAUUUUGAUUACUUGAAUAGGUUUUUGAAUUUAAAGUUAAGCAAGGUUGAAUUUGAUAAGCUUUGUCUAAGAACCAUCGGGAGAGAUGGUAUUCCGCUUCAUAAUCAGUUAAUUCAUUCGAUCCUAAAGAAUGCCUGUACAGCAAAUGACAAUCCUUUAAGACAAGCGGGAAAUAAGAAACCUUCAGAUGGUGUUUACCAUCAAAAUGGGUCCAUUUCGGCUGUAACCCAGGCUUCAAAUCCACUGGCUUUGCCAAAUGGAGACACUUUGUCACCAUCUCUACGAAAGGCAAGGACAGGAGCUCGUGAACGAAGAGGUGUGGACCGUAGAAGUGCUCUCGGGCCAAAUGGCAAGACAAAUUAUUCUUCCCCUUCAUCAUCCAUCCCGCAUUCAGAAGAUUUUAGUACGCCUUUGGAGAAUGGGAAUUCAUCCUCCCCUGAUACUCGAAGGCCAGUGCAGCAUCAUCAAGAACUCAAUCAACAAAUGGAAAAUGCCAAUGAGAACUCCAGCCACCACUCGGCUAAGUUGGCUGCUUCUACUUCACAAUCACCAGACGGUUUGCUUGCUGUGCAUAGCAAAGCUGAGUCUGAAUCAUUAAGUAGAAAAGACGGGAAAGGGGUAUCUGGCAGGAUAUCACUACAUGCUCCACUCGGGAUUCCUUACUGCCCAGUGAGUAUUGGUGGGUCCCGCUCGGCAAUACCUUUGGCAAGUAGUAGUAAAUGUGUUGGUGUAUCCAGCACCAACAGUUUGUUAGAUACAAUAACUUUGAGGGCACGUAUGGACCCGAUUGCUGCAACACACGACCUUCAAGGAGUGUCGGUGGAUUGUGCCAAUGCACUCAACAACGGAUUGGAUGCUUAUUUGAAGGGUUUGAUAAGGUCUUGUUCUGAACUUAAUGGGGCACGGUCAGGGCACGUGCCCCUUAAGAACACUCCGGCUCAUUUGAGGCCUCUAAACGGUGUCAGACCUGGCCAUCAUUAUCAAAUGCAAACUAGCAGUUGGCCUUUGGACACAAUGCAAGAAAAUGAACCCAAACGGACAAUAUCUUUGCUAGAAUUUAGGGUUGCCAUGGAGCUGAACCCUCAGCAGCUUGGGGAAGAUUGGCCCAUGCUGCUGGAGAAGAUAUGUACACAUGCUUUUGAGGAAUAA